AUGCAACGGCUUAAGGAAGGAACGCGAGAUGAUGUUCAGGUCGCUUUCGAGAAGUCAUUAAAAGAGCAGGGAAAUCCGGCAGAUCACUUCGACAUGUUAUCGGCGGUGCGGUUAGGAAGCUGGCCCUUAGUUGACAGGAUCUUUCGAAAUGGAGCCGACAUCACCGCGAAAUCGGAGAAUGGCUCAUCAGUAUUACACUUAGCUGCCGCACAAGGGCACGAAGAGAUCGUUCGGCAGGUUUUGAAACUUCGGGUGCUUGAAGUCAACUUGAAGGAUAACGCUGGACGGACAUCGUUGUCAUGGGCCGCGCAGAACGGGUACGACGCUAUCGUGAAGCUCCUCUUGGAGCGUAACGCCGAUGUCCAAUCUGCGGACGAAGAAGAACGAACGCCGCUGUUAUGGGCAGCGCGGAGCGGGCGCGAGAGUAUCGUGCGGCUCCUCCUCGAACACGACGCCGACGCCCAGGUUACGGAUAGGGCAGGACGAACGCCAUUAUGGUGGGCUACGCAAAAUGGACAUGAGCCCGUUGUGCGGCUUCUACUCAAGGGUAGCGCCGAGGCCCAGCAAAUGUGGAGAGGGCGUUCGUUGGUGUCGUGGGCUGCAGAGAAGGGGUACGAGGCUAUUGUACAGCUGCUCUUUGAGAAUGGCGCCGAGGCCAGGGAGGAACACCAUGGAAAUAUAUGGCCACCGCUGAUGUACGCCGUGAAGGGAGGGCACCUUGCCGUCGCACAGCUCCUUCUCCAGAAUGGUGCCGACCCUAACGCGGAGGUACAUAGCCACUCGAUAACAUACCGGGCUGCGGAGCGGGGCUACAAGGAAAUCGUACAGCUUCUCGUUGAGUACAACACCAGCACGAAGAUUAAUUGGUUCGGACCGAGACCGAUAUUUGUCGCCGCGAGAAACGGACAUACUACCACCGUAGAGUUUCUCCUCCGAAACGGUGCCAAGGUGGAACCGGGUCUACUAAUGACUACCGUGUUAAGCGGGCAAUGGGAUGUAGUGAGGUUGCUUCUCAAGAACGGGGCUGAUAUUAAUAAGCAAGACUCUAUUACUGGGGAGAGGCCAAUUAUUGCCGCCGCCGACUGCGGAUACCAUGAUGUUGUGCUGUUUCUCCUGGAGAACGGCGCUGAUAUUCACGCGAGAGAUUAUUGGGAACAGACGGCACUAACCCGGGCCGCAAUAUUUGGGCACCUGGGGACCGUGCAGUUGCUUCUUGAGAAGGGCGCUGACGUCCACGCGACUGAGAAGAAUGGUCGCACAGCACUACACCUAGCCGCUAAGCGUGGGCACCAGGAUGUGGUACAAUUCCUCCUUGAGAAGGGCAUAGACGCCCACGCGACUGAUGAGUGGGGAAAGGCGGCCCUAUCGCUGGCCACGGAGAACGGGCAUGAGGGUGUAGCGAGGCUGCUGCGGUCAAUGGUCUAA